AUGAGUUUCCAAGCUUUUGUGACAGCUGAUACAUUUGUACCUAUAAAUUCUGAUUCUUCAGCCACGUUCCCCCUUAGGAUGCAUCACGGCACUGCAGAAUAUCUCCCUGUCACCAAUCAUACAACUAACAUGGUCUCUACAGUCUCGUCUGUUUUGUCUUUGGUGCAAAUUCCUAAAUUAUCUCCUACUUACUUCGCUGUGCCUAAUGGGGAAAAUACACCAGCAGGGCUUCACUACCCAAACCCAUCAUGCCACUAUGGAAACCAACAGUCUACCUAUGGAGUGAUGACAGGUAACUUACCGCCCUGCUUAAUGAGUGCCAGCUCCUGCACACUGGGCCAUGGCUUUGCUCCAGUGCAUCAAACCCUCCUGGAAGAUGUUACAACUACAGACUUCAAGCAAGAAUUCAGAAGAAAGAGCAAAGCUAUUGAGGAGCCCAUUGAUAUUGACUCCCCAGAAAUCAGAGAAUUGGAAAAGUUUGCUAAUGAAUUCAAAGUGAGGAGGAUUAAGCUGGGUUACACUCAGACAAAUGUUGGAGAAGCCCUAGCUGCAGUACACGGCUCUGAAUUCAGCCAAACAACCAUCUGCCGCUUCGAAAAUUUGCAGCUGAGUUUCAGGAACGCCUGUAAGUUAAAGUCCAUCUUAUCUAAGUGGCUGGAUGAAGCAGAACAAGUUGGAGCCUUAUACAAUGAAAAGAUUGGAGGGAAUGAACGGAAAAGAAAGCGCAGAACAACAAUAAGCAUUGCUGCAAAAGAAGCUUUGGAGUCCCAUUUUGGAGAACAGAGCAAACCUUCAUCACAAGAGAUCAUGAGGAUGGCUGAAAGUCUCAACCUGGAGAAGGAAGUGGUUCGAGUUUGGUUCUGUAAUCGCAGACAGAGAGAGAAGAGGGUGAAGACCAGCCUGCACCAGAAUACCUUCACCGCCUUUUCUAAAGAUCACCAUGAAUGCAGAUGA